CCUUGGAUCGCCGGGACCACGUCUGGUAUCGAACGCUGCUCCUCCAACGUUGGAUCGAACUGGCAGCAGCGUGCAUCAGUGGCGAGAACUCGUGAUGCCACCGCCGCCGAGUGUCUGGAAUCGUUAGCAGCGGGCCUCGAAAAAUGGCCUCGAUCUUGGGAGACGGGACGGGCCCCGGAGGCUCGGGACCCUCCCGAUGCCUCUUGCUUCUACAAAGGUCCCUGGCGAUUCAGCUGACCAGGGGUCCGCCUCCUCAGGUUCUGAACGCCAGCCAACGGGAGAGUCCCAAGGAGCAUCCAGCUGAUGAGAUGUGGAUGUACGAUAAAGGUUACAAUUUGUUUCAGAGCUUCUUGGAGGCAAACUCCAAAUGCUGGUGGAACGCGGCCCUGGUGGACGCAACCCGACAACUCAGGUACAAGGGUCACGUGUCACCUGGUGUGCUAAUGGUCGGUGGACCACCCUGUGCCCUCGAGGUCUUGAGGGCAGCCUGGUCUCGAAAUGUCCUACGACCGCCUGCCGAUCAUGCGAUCACUUGUCUCG